CAUAUGCUUUAAACCACAGACUACCCGAGUGACAUUUAGCACUUGAACCUGCAGAGAAGCGACACUCUUGACUUAACCCUCGAACGGCAGCCCUACCUACCUAACUGACAACUACCGAACAAUCUAAACACAUCGUUCAGUGACUGAAAGGCCGUUUUCUGUGUAGCUGAGCACUCGGGGCAACUAACCGCCAAGAUGUCGAUGGACGUGCCUGAGGAUCUGGAGAUGGAGGGAGAGGAGGGCAUAGACUCCAAGGAGCUGAAGAAGCAGCUGGCAGAGUCCAAGGCAGUUAAAGUGCUGAUGCUGGGCGCUGAGGAGUCGGGGAAAAGCACCAUCGUAAAACAAAUGAAAAUCCUCCACCAGGGUGGUUUUAAUAAGGAGGAGAAGGUGAAGUCCAGAGGGGUGAUCUUUGGUAACAUCCUGCAGUCAGCUCUGUCCAUCGUCAGAGGCAUGAGCAUCCUGGGGAUCAAGUACGGAUCACCGGCCGCAGAGGAUGAAGGCAAGAAGCUGGAGAACCUAUCCAACUCUACUGAGGAAGGAACCAUGCCUCCUGAGCUGGCUGAGUGCAUCAAGAAUCUGUGGAUGGACCCUGGCAUCCAGGAGUGCUUCGAGUCAGCAGCUGAGGGCUACCAACUCCUCGACUCCGCUCACUACUUCCUCAGUGACCUGGAGCGUGUCACUCAGGCUGACUUCACCCCCAACGACCAGGACAUCCUACGGUGCAGGAUCAAGACUGGCGGGGUCAAUGAGGAGAGGUUCAUCUGCAAAGAUGUCAAAUUCAGGAUGUUUGAUAUGAGCGGUAGAAGAGAAGAGAGGAAGAAGUGGAUCCACUGUUUUGAGGGCGUCCAUUGCAUCCUGUUCUGUAGUGCCCUCAGCGCAUAUGACCUGGUGCUGCUGGAGGACGACGAGAUGAACCGCAUGCACGAGUCUCUCCAUCUAUUCAACAGUAUCUGCAACCACAGGUUCUUUGAGGAUACCACCCACGUGCUUUUCCUCAACAAGAAGGACGUCUUCCAAGAGAAGAUCAAGCAUGUCCACCUCAAUGUCUGCUUCCCUGACUACGACGGGUCUAACACAUACGAAGACGCCAGCAACCACGUGAAGUUGCAGUUUGAGUCUCUGAACUUGAGGCAGGCGGAGAAACCCAUAUACACCCACAUCACCUGCGCUGUAGACACACAGGACGUGGACCAGGCCUUCAACGCCAUCACGGACGUCAUCAAGACCAACCUAAAAGACGCCGGGCUGUUCUGAGCAGCUCCUGACUGAAGAACUUCCAUCACCCAACUCUUUGGUUUUAUUUGGGCACUGCGCUGGAGGAGGUGGACAGUUGGCGGACAACUCUUUAUCUGCUGUCAUCGUCACCACCACCGAGCCCUGGUUCCUCGGAUGCUCCCUCGACAUCAACAACAUCAUCAUCAAGUCCAUUGGGUUGAAAACAGAGUAUCAACAUUUAACAUUUUUGUUGUAAAAAAAAAAAACAGGCUAUGCAGCAGGCAACGUGCUCUUCCUUGCGCGAGGCAUUGGACAGCACUUAAAUUGUAUAAUGUACCUUUAAACCCCCUGAAGCUAGUAUUUUUGUUUUUACCUUUAGUAGUCUCCUGUUGUCUCGUUUUAACUUGUAAAAAGUUUCGAAGUUAACAGCAGAUAUUUGAAAAUUCUCAUCUAUUUUUAAUUUUGAUCUGUUUUAAUAGCAUAAACGGUGUAUUGUGAGACAAAAGCUUAUUACACUUUGUAAAUAAGAUUAGACCAAACCAAUAUAUAUAUCUUAUGUGCUGUGAGAAAUGGACAGUUUUGAAAAUUACGUUUGUUCUUUUUUAGACAUAAAAUAAAGAUGGAUAGACUA